UUAAACGGUGUAAUGUGAUGUAAACAUCGUUGUUGUUUAUCGUCUGAUUUCCAUGGGAGAUCGUUCGUUUCAACUGUUAAAAUUUCUUGAUCACACAGAAAACGUUGAUUUUAGUCACCAUGUAUAGAUGUCUUUCUCGAUCCAGCCUUCAAUUCGGCAAAAAAUAUCACUUUUAUAAUCAUCGGUGUUACGAAACUGCACAAACAAAUGGUAGACGCAAAACAAGCCGUUUAUCUUGCAGUUGCACUACCACCAGUCAAAUCAGGCCUUCAACAGGGACGAAUAAUUUAUAUGCAACCUGUCCGCAGAAUAUACAUUUAAACCUGAGAGACCAUCCUUGCCAUUCAAGGCCCUUUUCAACUUCAAGAAGUUCCUUUGAUGUUUCAAAGUGGAGAACGGCAGCGUCCAAACGAAUUACAAACAUUCAAGAUUCAAUUUCGACGAAAUAUUUUAAGCGAGAAUAUUUUGCAUUAACCAGAAUUCUUGAGCGAUCUGGUCUUAACAGCAUACCAGCUCUUCAACGUCUUCAAGGAUUAGGGAAUAUCAACUUGUUCAGCUCUUCACGACCCACCAAUCAGCAACGAAACCAAAAUGAAAAUGGAAAGGAAGAAGAAGAAGAAGAUUCGGCCAAGCGAGGGGGUGAGGGUGAUAAUAUCAGAAUGCUUUUGGUCCUCAUGCUGAUCCUGACUCUGCUUAAUUUCUUGUCCAAGGGAGACGAGGCACAGAGUGUGUCUUGGCAGACGUUUGUCAAUGAGAUGCUGAUGAAGGGGGAGGUCAAGUACGUGUCUUUGACGUAUUACGACUCAGAUGGAAGUGGUCAGAGUUCCAAUCCAGAAUCUGAUGUUGUUCAUGUCUACGUUCACGAUGGAGCCAUCAUCAUGGGUAGAGAGGUUGGACGCGGUCAGCCCAAUCAUUUCCGUAUGCGAGUUGGAAACAUCAAUAAGUUUGAAACCAAGUUAAGGAGAAUUGAGGAUAGCCUGGGUAUAGCCAUCCAUGAUAGGAUCCAGGUGAAGUAUAAGCACAUUACCAGCGAUGGUCUGUCGAGUAUCAUGGGUACUGUGCUAGUCAUGGCAGUCUUGUUCUACAUCAUACGCUCUGCAAUGAAGGGCGGUGGUGGGAUGAACACCUUCAGUCAGAUGACUAAGGCAAAGUUUACUCUCGUUGAAGAAGGUGGGUCAAAGGGCGUGACCUUUAGAGAUGUCGCUGGCCUCCAGGAAGCAAAGGUGGAGGUCAUGGAGUUUGUAGACUACCUCAAGAGACCUGGGAAGUAUCAGGAACUCGGAGCAAAGGUCCCCAAAGGAGCCCUUCUUCUUGGGCCUCCAGGCUGCGGUAAAACCCUCCUAGCUAAGGCUGUAGCUACAGAGGCUAAUGUUCCCUUCAUGGCUAUGGCAGGGUCAGAGUUUGUUGAGAUGAUCGGCGGGCUUGGUGCGGCUAGAGUCAGGAACCUCUUUAAGGAAGCUAGGAAACGAUCGCCGUGUAUCGUCUACAUUGAUGAACUGGAUGCUAUUGGUAGAAAGAGGUCAGAUAAUGCUUCAGUUGGAAGUUCAGGAGAAGAAGAACAGACACUGAACCAACUACUGGUUGAGAUGGAUGGAAUGGGAACACAGAAAGGAGUCAUCAUGUUGGCUUCUACUAAUAGAGCUGACAUUCUGGAUAGAGCUCUCCUUAGGCCCGGGAGAUUUGACCGUCACAUCAUGAUUGAUUCCCCAACCCUGAUAGAGAGGAAGGAGAUAUUUGAGGUGCACCUCAAGAAGCUGACACUGGAGCUGAAACCCGAGGCAUACUCUACAAGACUGGCUCAGCUAACACCAGGCAUGAGUGGUGCAGAUAUAGCAAACGUCUGCAACGAAGCAGCUCUUCACGCAGCGCGUGAAAGCAAAAAGGUAGUUGGUGCUGCGGACUUUGAGAGCGCUAUCGAGCGUGUCAUCGCAGGUGCCACAAAGGUCAACCGGGUCAUGUCUGAAGAGGAGCGUCGGGUCGUUGCUUUCCAUGAAUCAGGCCACGCUCUGACGGGUUGGUUGCUUGAACACACCGAUGCUUUGAUGAAGGUUUCCAUCUUACCCCGUGCCAGUGCAGCCUUAGGAUUUGCUCAGUAUCUACCUUCGGACCAGAAACUCUACUCAACUGAACAGCUCUUUGAUCGUAUGUGUAUGGCACUUGGAGGAAGGGCAGCUGAGGCGCUCAUAUUCAACAAAAUCACCACAGGUGCUCAGGACGACCUUAACAAGGUGACCAAGAUGGCGUACUCCCAGAUCCAGUCUUACGGAAUGAAUGAAAGAGUCGGUCAGGUGUCAUUCACUGAAGGCAAAUCAAGUGAACUUGGGAAGAGACCUUACAGUCAGAGACUACAGAGUGUGAUUGAUGAGGAAGCACGUAAACUUGUAACAAAGGCUUACAGAACGACAGAGAAACUGUUAAAGGACAACUCGGACAAACUGAAAAAGUUGUCACAUGAACUUCUCAAGACUGAAGUUCUGAAUUAUGUAGAUGUGGAGGCCAUCCUUGGCCCGCCUCCUUUUGGUGAAAAGAAGCAACUGAAUAUUGAUGAGUUUGAUGUCUUCGCUGAGGAGGAGAACGGAGACGAUGGAAACAACAAUGGAGAUGGUGCUUCAAGGAAUAAGAAGAAGGAACAAGAUAAUGAAUAUUCGUAGUCAUUUGCAUAAUUAAUUCUUGUAUAAUCAUAUGUUGUUAAGAAAUGGAAUAGGCUUUAAGAGUGAUACUUAAUUUAUGCAAAAAUCACUAAUUAUACAAUCAACUGAACCUCAAAAGCAAAAAAUAUUUAAUGGCCUGAUGUUUUGAUCCUAGCAGAGUCUUUCUCGAAGGAUAAAUCUUGUAAA